CUGCACAGCACGGUCCAAUGGGGGAAGAGCCUGUUUAGCGCUAGAAGGCAGAAGAUCCGCGUUCCGGGCAGACUAGGCUGCGAUUGAUCCUCUCCAGCUCUCUCAGCUCCCGCGCGGUAGCAUCAUGGACGCUCCCAGACUGGUGGUCAACUUCGGUGCCGGGCCCGCCAAACUGCCGCGCUCGGUACUACAAGAGAUACAAAAAGAAUUGUUAGAUCACAAAGGAAUUGGAAUUAGUGUUCUUGAAAUGAGCCACAGGUCAUCAGAUUUCGCCAAGAUUAUUAACAACACAGAGAAUCUCGUGCGGGAAUUACUAGACGUUCCAGAUAACUACAAGGUGAUUUUUGUACAAGGAGGUGGGUCUGGCCAAUUCAGUGCUGUCCCCUUAAACCUUAUUGGCCUGAAAUCUGGACGGUGUGCCGACUAUGUGGUGACAGGAGCUUGGUCAGCGAAGGCUGCGGAAGAAGCUAAGAAGUUUGGGACUGUGAAUAUCGUCCAUCCUAAACUUGGAAGUUACACAAAAAUCCCGGACCCCAGCACCUGGAACCUCAGCCCUGACGCCUCCUAUGUGUAUUACUGCGCCAACGAGACAGUGCACGGAGUGGAGUUUGACUUUAUCCCGGAUGUCAAGGGAGCAGUGCUUGUGUGUGAUAUGUCCUCCAAUUUCCUGUCCAAGCCUGUGGAUGUUUCCAAGUUCGGGGUGAUUUUUGCUGGGGCACAGAAAAAUGUCGGCUCUGCGGGGGUCACAGUGGUAAUUGUCCGUGAGGACCUGCUGGGCUUUGCCCUCAAAGAGUGCCCCUCCAUCCUGGAGUACAAAGUGCAGGCUGCAAACAACUCCUUGUACAAUACACCCCCAUGCUUCAGUGUCUAUGUGAUGGGUUUAGUCCUGGAGUGGAUUAAGAACAAUGGUGGAGCAGCAGCCAUGGAGAAGCUUAGCUCCAUCAAAUCACAGAUGAUUUACGACAUUAUUGAUAACUCUCAAGGAUUCUAUGUAUGUCCAGUGGAGCCCCAGAAUAGAAGCAAGAUGAAUAUUCCAUUUCGAAUUGGCAACAUCAAAGGAGAUGAUGCGUUAGAAAAAAGGUUUCUUGACAAAGCUCUUGAACUCAAUAUGAUCUCUUUGAAAGGGCACAGGUCUGUGGGAGGCAUCCGGGCCUCUCUGUAUAAUGCUGUGACAAUUGAGGAUGUUCAGAAGCUAGCAGCCUACAUGAAGAACUUUUUGGAGAUGCAUCAGCUGUGAAUACAUCCUCACCAAUGUAUACUUUGCUCUUGAACCUAGUACAAAAUUUAAAGUAACUUGGGAAUGAUUUUGAACACUUAACAAAUAGCAGUUCUCUCAAACAUGCUUGUUACAUAGAUUCUUUUUUUUUUAAAGAGCAAAAUAUCCACAUCCCUGCAAAACUGGUGGGAUUUAGUGGCACCUGUAAUGCUGUCUGGAACUGGAAGCAUUACAAAACUUGUCCAUUAACUUUUCAGACUCAUUGCAGCUUAUUUUGUCUUCACAGCUAUUUUUCUCUAUGCAGAUCUCAUGAUUUAAACUUGCCUGUGGAUUUAAUUAUGCAAAUUUCAGUUAACUGUUUCUAGAGCCAGGACACCAGCUUGGAGGGUGGAUGGAGGAAGGUCCUCUAGGUACUGAGUGUUGAUCCUUUCCAGAUGAUAGCAGUGGGGUCUCUUGAGCCCCACAGCUGUUAAUUCAGGUCAGCACUGGCCAUGUAUGUUAAGAAAUUCCAAGCUAAAGGCAAACUACAUCUUUUUUUUAUAUAGUUUUUCUCAUAAAGAGAUGAAAGUGACAUAUUUUUAAUACUGUAUAGUUUAUACCUCUAUACAUUUAUAUUUCUAAUGAUAAGGCUUUCUGUGGUUUAUGUAGAGGGUCUUAGAAUUUGUUAAGAGCCCUUGACCUUGUGCAUUACACAUUCAACUCACAGUUGCUUCUCCCUGGUCCUUUUCUUUUUUUAAUCUGCUUUACAAGAUUUAGAAGUCCCCUAAUUCAUUUGUACGUUGGUUUUAGUGGGUAGAAGCAAAGACUGGUUGGUUGCUUGUUUGGUUUUAGAUUUCCAGCUAUGCUACUAAAUUAAAAGAAAUCUUGGUUAAACCCCCUUAUUCUUUGUUCAUUUAACUGUUCUCUUCAUGUAUUUUUUUGACCAGUGAUGCUGUGAGCUCUUGAAGAGUCUUUUCCCCAAUUGCUUAUCCAUUGUCAGUAUUUUAUUUUGAGUAAGUAGAAAACAUUAAAGUCCUGAAACAUCCA